AUGUCCCCAGGAACUGAUCAAGUCAUGGUUAGGAUCCUCAAGGUUUGCUGGGAAUACCUCAAGGAUCUGCUAAGAUGGCUUUACCAGAAAUACUUCGAAUAUAGCCAUUUCCCAAAAACCUGGAAGCUAGCUGAAGUGGCUAUACUACCCAAAAUUGGGAAAAAGGAUAUGAUAUCUGCAAGGUCAUGGAGACCCAUCGCCCUGCUCUCCUGUAUAGGAAAAGGUCUGGAAAGAAUAGUUGUCAAAUGCCUAGGCUGGACAGCCCUAAGAUACGAUAUUAUCAGCCCCCAAUAUGGCGGAGCCCUGCCCAAGUGGUCUGCGAUGGACCUGGUAACAUCCUUCACACACGAUGUGGAGAUGGCAUUGGGGGUUGGCAAGAAAGUAACCAUAGUCACUAUGGAUAUGCAAGGCGUCUUCGAUGCUUUGCUCAAAAGACGGCUACUUGCUAGGAUGACAAAACAAGGCUGGCCUAAGGACCUUCUCCUACUAGUCGAUUUUUUUCUGAUGGAAAGGAAAGGAUUGAACAAUUGCGUUGCCUUUGCCCCAGAGAAAUUGGAAAUGAUCCAUAUCUCCAUGGAUAAUGGCAAUGUAGCACCUGCUAUCAGGACAAAGGUCAGUGCCCGUCUUGGCUGGCAUGUGACACAAAUCGAAAAGGUUUUCAUAGUGUCCCACAUCUUCGAUGCGGAAGCUAUCGGAGUAUGGAAAGGUCUGGAAUGCACCCUCAAGGAUGCCAGGUACACCAACCAGAAAAUCUGGAUGUGCAUUGACAGCGCCUCAGUUAUCUGGGGCAUAAAGGCUAACGCCUCUAUAUCAUCACAAUGGACAUUCAACAAUUGCCACAAGGCUAUGGAAGAUCACGAUAUUUGUGUUAAGUGGUCACCGGGAUAUGAAAGUAUUGAGGGAAACGAGGCGGCUGACCACCUCGCUGACCUUGGUGUUAAGAAACCCAGUUGGGAUACUGGACCAGUAUUGCAACCCACAUACAGUGGGCUAUCCGAAUCUCAUACGGAGACUUCGGAUGGUAUCACAGGAAAUUCGGGUAUACAGGAGACAAAGAAUGCUCCUGUGGAAGGCCCAAAACCCUUGCCCAUUUGGUUCACUGCUAGAAGGCAAGGGCUACCUUUGAACAAUGGCUAA